CUCGGCUGGGGGCUGGAGAACAUGGUUAGGAUUGUUUUGAUGGGAUUGGUGGAGCCAUCUUGUUUUACAUCCGUCCUGAGCCAGAGGAAAGAGCCAUGGAAUACGAUACGAUAUCUCGAUCAUAGCUAACUUAAAUACACACAUCACAGCAUUAAUGCUCGUUUCCUAUCGGCGGAAUAUGCAGACAACAAACAAACACUGUGCAUGUUAAUGUAUUUUUCAACAUCGUCGCCGGUGGCAUAAGUGCAUUUCUCUCUCUCUCUCCACAUUUUCUCCGGUGUGAGCUACUAUGAAUGGAGGCUAAAUGUUGCCGAAGACUGACAGCGGUGGUUUUGUGCUUUUCCUCUUUAUUCUAACACUAACAGAUCCGCCACGGACAGGUUCACAGCUCGCUCUGGCCAGACUGCUGUCAGACCUGCGAUGUAGUCCGGCCCAGUUUGCCUGCCGGAGUGGAAAAUUGCAGUGCAUUCCUCUGUCCUGGCAGUGUGACGGGUGGACGGCCUGCGAGGACAAAAGUGAUGAGAUCGAUUGCCCUACAAUCAAAGAAGAGCGAUAUCGAUAUAACAAUGGGUACGAGCCGGUGGAGGAUGUUAUGGGUGUCGCGCAGCCGGUGCGCUUCAACAGUAUAAAUCAAGCUCAUUUUCUACACCACGCGGCAGAGAAGUGUCCGAGCGGAUGGCACCAUUACGAAAAAACAGCCAGCUGUUACAAAGUCUACCUGAGAAGCGAGAACUACUGGCAGGCGGUGGAAACCUGUCAGAAGGUCAACGCCUCCCUCGCUACUUUCAGCACCAACGAGGAGCUGCAGUUCAUCCUGAAGAUAGAAGUGGACUUUGACGAAAAAGUGUGUGAACGAAAGGACCAGUGCAAGUUCUGGGUGGGAUAUCAGUACGUGAUCACCAACCAGAAUCAUUCUCUGGAGGGCCGAUGGGAGGUGGCGUACAAAGGAUCCACGCAGGUGUUUCUUCCUCCGGAGGGUCUGGCUAACUUCGGCGAGGCCAACCCCACCCAGGACAACGUGUUCUGUGCCCAGCUGCAGCGCUUUCAGAUCAAGAGCAUGAACGAGCGAGGCUUGCACAGCUGGCAUGCGGAAAACUGCUACAAGAAAUUCCCCUUCCUCUGCAAGAGAAGACAAACAUGUGUUGACAUCAAAGACAACGUGGUGAGCGAAGGCUAUUAUUUCACGCCCAAAGGGGACGACCCCUGUCUGAGCUGCACGUGCCACGACGGCGAGCCGGAGAUGUGUGUGGCCGCGCUGUGCGAACGCCCGCAGGGAUGUCAGCACUUCCGAAAGGACCCCAAAGAGUGCUGCAGGUUCACCUGUCUGGAUCCUGACGGCAGUAGUCUGUUCGACUCUAUGGCCAGCGGCAUGCGGCUCAUCGUCAGCUGCAUCUCGUCCUUCCUCAUCCUCUCUCUGUUGCUCUUCAUGGUGCACAGACUGAGACAGCGGAGACGAGAGCGCAUCGAGACCCUCAUCGGAGGCAACCUGCAUCAUUUUAAUUUGGGACGGAGGGUGCCCGGCUUUGACUACGGGCCGGAUGUGUUUGGGACGGGCCUGACGCCGCUGCACCUCUCGGAUGACGGCGAGGGGGGUGCGUUCCACUUCCAGGAGCCCCCGCCCCCUUAUGCUGCUUACAAGUAUCCGGAUAUCCACCACCCUGAUGAUCCUCCGCCACCAUACGAGGCCUCCGUCAAUCCAGACAGCAUCCUUUAUAUGGACCUCGGUCGGACCGGGGCUCCUCUGGCCACCGGGCACGUGAGCACCGCAGCCGAAUCUCUCCAGAGGGCGUACCCAGAGCAGGCUCCGCCCCCACCGCCGCCCCUGGAGGAGCGUGAAGAUUCCAUCGACAGCAGCACGCUGCUCGUGUCUCCAGACACCCCCAGCGAAUCAGAGAACAGCAUCACUCAGAGCUCCAGCGUGGACUGCAGCACCGGGCCCUCGCUCAGCACCGUGGUAUAGGCCAAGAGAAACAAAGGAGAACAUGUGCAUCCUGGGACUGAUCGAUUUACCGCGGAUGAUGAAUUUGGAGGAUUUGAGAACGGUUUUUGGGUUCAGAGCGAGGACUACAAAGCAAGGAUGGUCGUUUUCAUUUUUCUUUCGCUUGAGCGUCACUACGUGUAAAUACUUCCCUCGAUUGAGUUCUCUGUUGCGUCACGUCAUGAACGGUGGGAGAGGUGACAGACCACCGUCUCUGUGGUUCACACUGGCAUGCUUCAUUCACCACAACUGCUCGCUAAACCGGCUGUAAUGAAGACCCGAGCGUCUCUCACUGGAAUGGAGACUGUUUUUCUGAAACGAAGAAGUACUGCUCGGUCCAAACGGUGCCUUCUGAAUCCCAUCUGUUCCUCCAUGCACGUGCAGGAGAAAGAUCCGUUUGGAGACGAGCAGUACCACGUCUUCGUUUGGAUUUCUGUGAUGUCUUUCAAUACCGUAGCACAAAUUCAGAUACGACAAAAAAAAGUUGUUGUUCGAUUCUGUUGACGUUGCAGUAGAUUACGGUACGAAUUUGUUUCCGCCUUGUGACUUCAAAAUAUCCUGCUGUGAUGUGACGAUGCAAAUUCAUCGACUCGUUUUUGGAUCGUCACACUACCUUGAAGCAUUUGGGCUUCUUUUGGGAGGCGCACAUACACCGAACUCUAACACUAGUAUAUUGAUGUCUCGGUCAUUGGUUUCGCAUUUGCUCACAUUCAAAUGAGUUGAUGUCAUGACCAGUUGUGCGGGUUACAUUUCAACCUAAAAUCCAUUUGAAAAAUAAGACGUUAUAUUUUGCAUAAAGGAAAUAAAGCCUUUUAAGAAGCCUUUUUAGGGAGCGUGUGUAAAUAGUACAUUUGUAAAGUACUAACGCAAGAAGACUAAAUUUAAUGUCUGCUUAUUUUCAUUGAAACGUGACGUUUUUUUAUUACUGUACUUCAGUGAUGCGAAUUGGGUUUCAUUCUUUUUCUUUAUGCACAACGCAACUUGUUUUCUUUCGAUUAUGGCACGGAAUGGGACCUGUGAGAUUCGCCCAAAAAUGUAGACACUUCACAUUUUGUAUGCAGAAUGUAUAACGUCAAAGAGGAAUUUUGGAAUAUUCUCCGCACAAAACAAUGUGCAGAUCUUCGUGUUAGGAAAAUACAUUUCUUAAGAUCCUGAGUUUGGAUUGAAGUGUUUAGAAUGAGGAGGUUUGGAUUGAUGGUCUGCGUUUGCGUGUUUAUGGUUGUUUUUACCACUCGAAAGGCUCUUCUCUCUAUAUUGCUUUGAUGUACAUAAAAAAAUGAGUAAACUAUUUGUUACUUGACACAAUGUUAAUGUGAGCAUCUGUUUGCACACAUGAGCAUAUAAAUGUAUGUAUAAACAAAACACGCUUUGUUAUUUACAGAUUUUUAGACUACGUGUUGGACUGUGCAUUUUCAGUGACAAUGUUAUGAACUUAAGGGAUUGAUCGGUUUCAAAUAUCUACUUGGUUUGCAUUGUUGCUCACUGAGCUUAACACCUCUGUUUUUAUUCUUUUUUUUGUGUUAAUGGGAACAUGCAAAAUAUCUCACACUGGUAAUGCAACAAAAGCCCAAAAUGACAAUCGGGAUCCUCAUCGAAUGCACCCAGCCUUGUGUUGGGCGCAAAGUACAAAGACAAAAAAUAUGAAAUUGCCCGAAGAUUUACUAGUUAUUUCAUGUACAGGUAAAGCGCCCAUCACCGAAACACUAGAGUAUGUGAAAGUAUAAGCCAGGUGUAAAUGUUUAUGCAGUCUUAUUUCAGCAUUAAUGUCCAGGGUUUCAUUGGCACAGACAAUCCUGUGAACAACAGUCUGUCUUUCAUCAUUAGCGUGUAUGUUUGGAUUCGAUCGGUUGGGUGUGUGUUCUUUUCAAAUUGACGUUAAUGUUUCGCAAACCCGCGGUUGCAUGUUUUUCUCGAUAUUGAGCAUGCAGGGAGACGUCUCUUCUGGUGUACUCCAGCUAUGCUUACAGCCUCCAAACCCACCCCAUUCCACUUUCCCACCUCACGGUUUCUGCAUUUGCAUUACCUUUUUUAAACAUAGAUCAUUUCUUCUAGAUAGAUUUUGCGGUGCAACAAACAAAGCAUCAUGUUUUAUGUAGAAUGCAACGGUUGUUGAAUUUGUCAAAUUUCUUGUUUUUUUAUGUCACGUCCUGCUCUUUUGUCAGAGGGCUUUGUUUUCUUCUGAAGUAGAUGUACAUCUAAUCAAAUGCCAAAUAAAUUGUACCAUGAAGAGCAACAAUGUCUCGGUGUCUUUUUUCAAGGCGUUUCACAGACAACCUUCAAGCACAAGUGCUUCUGUGUGUAUGGCGACACAAAUCCCGUAAGACUUUUCAAAACUUGCCUGUAACAAUUUAAUGCCUUCUUUGAGGUUUCCAUCCUGAAAACCAAUCUCUUGAAUGUCACGUGAGCCAGCGGGGAUCCCAUGUAAAAGCUUCUCCGUAAGUCGCCGGGGAAUUCUCUCUCUCUCUGAGAGAUUAGACAUCGGUGCCUAUAGACGUGACAUUCCCACAUAAAGGAUUUGCAUGACGGCAUAUAUUUCUACACAGUGGCCACAGAUAUAUGUGGACACCGCACUUAAAAAUAGAACUUGUUUUUGUAUUCGAAACAAAAUAGUAAACCAAAAUAUUAUCUCCAAACUAAUAAUAUAGGGGCUUUUCUUAUCCAUUUCUACCCAGAUGAUUUUAGUAGAUGUUUGAAUUCAGUUCCUGAAGUUCACACAGGUGUCGCUCAUCACGUUAACUAAAGACAUGUUCCAUUAAGUGCAAUGAUGUCCACAUGUGUCUUGAGAUUCUUCGUGGGCUAAUGUAGGCUAAGAUUUCAUCUUUACAUUUAACAUUUCAUCUAAUUGGUUUUACUAAUUGAUCCUCUGUAUCUUUUCCUUGCAUUACAUGCCAUGCUUUUUAUAACUUCACAAAACCUCUCAUUUAUUUAGC